AUGGGAUCUACCACUACGACAGUGACUAGGUCAAAUAGAAAGGAUCGUCUAGUUGGAGAAAAACCCACCAGAACCAUGCCCCAUAGGAAGGCAAAAGAGAUUUCAAAAUCACCGACGGGGGCCAUGUCACAAGGGUCAUCAUCACAGGGAAGGAAACGCAGAAGGACAUCGGACGAGAGACCAAAAGCAAAGAAACGCCAAGACAUACAAGGAGAGACCAGCGAAGUAGAAGCCGAGUAUGUGCCAUCUGCGAGAGAUUUGAUCAGCGACGCCCCAAGAGACCCCAAUAUUACAAUUGACACAUUGCUUCCGGAUCUUGCUACAUCUUAUGUGGGUCAAUUUAAAUCGUCUGCCGCAUCAGUACAGCCGACAAGGAAGGCAUGGCCACGACAAUCCAAUCCCCUUAUAGAUCCUGAUGAAUUGCCUUCAGGCUGGAGCAUGGCCGAGCCGGAUCUUCACCGAAAUGAUAUUGACGCACAAAUUGAAAGAUGCCACAUGAGAAUCAAAGAGAAUAUCAUGCCUCAUAUAUUUGAGCACCGGCUAAAGGAGUUAGAAUUUCGUUUGGCCAAGCGAAAUGCAUUGGCCGAGUCGGAACCUGGGAACUAUAGUUUGGAGGCUCUCAGACGCUUGGAAAUUCUAAGGAACAUGGAAGUUGAACUACAAAGCUCGGACAGGUUCAAUCAACUUCAUAAUGUCCGGGCAUUGCUGCAGGCCUACCGUGGAGGAAUGCUUCAUUGGAAUGAAGGCUUGGUCACGUAUUGGUUUGUAGGCGUGCAAUUGUGUGAGCCAAGGCCGUUCAAUUGGGAUGAAUUCGAGGUUCUCAAUGCGCACCAUUCUGGUAAAACCGGAUUUUGGAUGGAAGGACUAGUUGGACCUGGACCUACAUCAUCACUAGCAGCCAUUGGUCUAAUUGGAGCGCCCCCGCCUGAUGGAUUCUUUAAUCGCAUGUAUUUGAUUGCCAUUCGCAUACCCGGUGUAAGGUGGUAUGCAGAGCUUGAGUUCCUAUACGACACCGGGGCAUCCAUAAUGACACUAUAUGAGGGUGAUAUUCAAAAUAUCAUGGGCUCGUCAGCCUUGGAACCCACGGUCAUGGGGCUAAACACAGUAGAAAUCGCCGAUGGGAGCAUACAAACUGGCCCAGUUGUUGAACUUGAAGCUACCAUACUGGAUACUCAUAGAAGGCGGAUGACGCAUUGGGUCAGAGUCCAAUGUCAGAUAAAUCGAGGUUGGAGUGGGGGAGUGAGCAGAUUGGAUGGCCCAUGGCUACGGCAAAUGCUAUACAUAGCGUCAGCUCCGCGCAUCGACAAUGAUACUAUGUGGAUUGCGAAUAGCCACCCUGAAAUCAUGGCAGCUUUACCUGACACAGGUAACUCUCGAAGCGCUCCACGUCUGGUUCUCGGAAGGCUGCCCUUGGAUCCAGGCGGACGGGCCUCUGUGCUGCCUCGUGGACGUCCUGGGCCUAAUACAGACGCUCCACCAAUCUUACGUCGAAAGAUGCCCGGGCCGGCACCAUAG